GAUCUUCAGGCAGCCCUGUCUGCAUUUCUGCAAGCCGAAACAUGACCAAGUGAUUAAAUAAGAGGACAUGCAGCUUCUCUAAACUACUUUCUCCCAGGAGAGAAAAGUUUAAUCUGCGGGUCAAGGCUUCCUCUGCUGCAUCGCUUCUUCCGUCAUGGUCCAGAAGGUGGCAGUGAUCGGCGCCGGCCCCUGUGGUCUGAGCAGCAUUAAAGCCUGUUUGGAUGAAGGCCUGGAGCCAACGUGCUUUGAAAGCAGCGACGACAUUGGGGGGCUGUGGAGAUAUAAAGAGAAGCUGGUACCUGGGCGAACAAACAUCUACCAGUGUGUGAUUAUCAACAGCUCCAAAGAGAUGAUGGCUUUCAGCGACUUCCCUCCUCCUGCAGAACUCCCCAACAACAUGCACCACACCGAGGUCUUGCUCUACCUCCGUCUGUACGCUCAGACCUUCAACCUGCUGCAACACAUACAUCUGCAGACAAAGGUGGUCGGCUUGAGGCGGAGGCCGGACUUCGAUGUGACAGGACAGUGGGACGUGGAGACAGAGACGGCAGACGGUCGGAGGCAGACGCAUGUUUUUGACGCCGUUAUGGUUUGUACCGGACAUUACACGCAGCCACAUCUGCCGCUCAGCCACUUUUCAGGUAUUGAGAGUUUCAAGGGGAGGUAUUUCCACAGCUGGGAAUACCGCAACGCCAAGGGUCUGGAGGGGAAGAGGGUGGUGGUGAUUGGAUUUGGAAACUGUGGCUGUGACAUUGCUGUGGAUAUCAGUCGAGUUGCUGAGCGGGUGUACCUGAGCACCAGGAGCGGAGCAUGGGUUGUCGGUCGUGUUGGACCAGGCGGCCUCCCGUUUGACGCAGCUUGGAAUAGUCGCCUGGUUGUGACUCUGGCUUCGCUGUUUCCCACGUGGAGCAACUGGAUGUUGGAGAGGAAGCUGAAUGAAUUCUUUGACCACAAGUUAUACGGCCUCAAACCAAAACACAACUUUUGGGCACAGAUUCCUGUCAUAAACGAUGACCUUCCAGGUCGGAUCAUCUCCGGCCGUAUCCAGGUGAAGCCCAACGUGAAGGAGUUCAGGGAGACCAGCGUGGUCUUUACUGAUGGGAGCGUCAUAGACAAGGUGGAUGCUGUGGUGUUUGCCACAGGGUACAACUACAGCUUCCCUUUCCUGCCCCCAGAUCUUCAGGCUAAAUCUGACUACAGGCUGCGUCUCUACAAGCACGUGAUCCCACCCACGCUUGCCCACCCAACUCUAGCGGUGGUGGGCUUCAUCCACGGCUUAGGUGCCAUCAACAGCAUGGCGGAGAUGCAGGCCCGCUGGGCUACAAGAGUGUUUAAAGGUUUAAUAUCCCUCCCAGCAGAAGACAUCAUGGUGAAGGAAAUUGAGACAGAAACGGCAACAAUGAACCAGAAGUUUGUGUGCUCUGAGCGGAACCCCCUGCAGGUGGACGUCAUACCCUAUACGGACUCUCUGGCUGAGCAGGUGGGAUCAAAGCCAAACAUACUGCAGCUCCUUUUCACAGAACCCACGCUGGCACUGCAGGUCGUUUUGGGUCCCCGCACUUCGUACCAGUACCGCCUGAGUGGGCCAGGGAAGUGGGCCGGAGCCCGUCAAGCCAUCUUCACGCAGAAGCAGCGGAUAACUCGUCCUUUCAGAACCAGAGUGGUUUCAGAAGAACCAGGAAAUGAGGCCUCUUCUAUUCUGAGCAUCCUCCUGGCUUUUAUUGCAGGAGCUGCCCUGCUGUGCUACUUAAUCUACAAUUGGCACCUUCCUUUUCUUCCCUCCGUAGCCCCCCAACUUUGAUCAACAUACGGCGUGGUACAACGUCUUCGUCGACGUUUCGCCAAUAGUAACGUUCGACAAUCGAUCACGCAACAAGGGGAAAAAGCGUUUCCAUAGCAGUUUUGCAAAAUACAUUUAUUUGGAUACGACCACAAACCCACCCCAUUAUAGUGUAGCUCGAAAAAUAAACAUUUCUAUUAAGCCAAUUUAAGAGAAUUUAUCUUUGAAAUUUCAAUUUUAUGGUUAACAAUGGAGACGCAGCUAAUAAUGAGCUCCUUUGCCACCGUCAAACAAUUAAGUAAAUAAUGAGUAAAUAACCAAGCUUCAGGCUUUGGAGAGAAAGUGAAGCAUUUAACAGUUAAGUCUGAGUAGGAAGGUGAUUUAAAAAAAAAUUUUUUAAAGAUUUUUGCACACUAGACCGUGAGCUGCUUGAGUUAAAGCACUUCUGCAUAAUUAUAAAGACCUGAUUGGAAUCCUUAAUGGAGACUUCCUCUAGAACAGGUAGUCACACUUUAUGUGGUGCAGCUAAUUUAGAUUUAGUGAACUGAUUGUUCACCUGGAGGUGAUUAAAAAAUGAAUUAUGUGUUUUAUCACACACAUGAUUUACCAGCAAUGUCUUUAAAGCAUUGUCUACUGUGCAAUACUUGAAAUAAUUGAAGCAUUGCCAAGAACCAGGAUUGUAAUUAUUAAGAGUUUGUCAAUUCAGUUAUGCUGCAACAUUGGCGAUUGAGUUUAAGAGUGAAUUGACUUUUUUUUAACACCAUAAAUUUGCUAACUAGUUAUAUUUUUGUAAAGACAGUUUUGUGUAAGGUAGUCAAUUUCAACAAAUCUAACAAUUUAUUAGAUAAAUGUGAAACAAAAAAAAGAAAUAAGGAAAGAAAAAAA